UACUAUCACGUGAAACAAAUGCGCGGUUUAGUGCCUUUAUCAUAAAAUUGGAAAAGGGUAACAAGACUGUGCAAUAAUGGGGUGCAGUGCGAGAUACUGUUUACUGACUUUAUCCUUGUGCCUAGUGACUGAUCUUGCAUUUGGUGUAAGAGUGCUGCCCAAACGGAAGAAAGAAGCAAUAAACAUCCCGGAUGACCAAUCAACCUCAGCAUCAUGGUGGCAGUCUGGCACAGCGACGCCUUUCCGCGACAGUGGUAACUUCGCUUCUACACAUGGUUUAGUUCAAACUCACCCAACUGUCAACGAUCCUUUCAGUUCGUUUGGUUCAAUCGAUAGUACAAUUGGACCCUCAGCGAAUCCUUUCGUGCCAACAAGCGGCAGCGGUCCGCUCAGUGGUGGUAGCUUCAGAAGCAAUCCCCUCCCACCUUUAGCGAGAAACGCUAAUGGAAAACUUUCAUUAAAACAUUUGGACUUCACGAGCAGCGCUACUGCUGAGCUUAGAAGAAACCCUGCUUUAUCAGCUCCCGAUGAGUGUGCAAGAGCGUGUCGAGAAAACGAACCUCCGAGGAUAUGUUACUACCAUUUCACCCUCGAAUUCUACACUGUUCUGGGAGCGGCUUGUCAAGUAUGUACACCCAACGCAACCAACGUAGUAUGGUCUCAUUGCCAGUGUGUGUUAGCUGAUGGAGUAGAACGUGGUAUCCUUACUGCAAACAGAAUGUUGCCUGGUCCUUCUAUACAAGUGUGUGAAAACGACAAAGUCGUUAUUGACGUAGAGAACCACAUGGAAGGUAUGGAAGUAACUAUUCACUGGCAUGGAAUCUGGCAACGAGGUUCCCAAUACUAUGACGGUGUGCCAUUUGUUACCCAAUGUCCUAUUCAACAAGGAAACACUUUUAGAUACCAAUGGCAAGGUAACGCUGGCACUCACUUCUGGCAUGCUCACACUGGUCUACAGAAAUUGGAUGGUUUAUACGGAAGUAUAGUCGUUCGUCAACCGCCAUCAAAGGAUCCCAACAGUCAUCUGUAUGACUACGACUUAACAACUCACGUUAUGUUGAUCAGCGAUUGGCUCCACGAAGACGCAGCUGAAAGAUUCCCUGGUCGUUUGGCCGUAAAUACUGGCCAAGACCCCGAAAACGUAUUGAUUAACGGAAAGGGACAGUUCAGAGACCCUAAUACUGGUUUUAUGACGAAUACACCACUUGAAGUUUUUACUAUUACACCUGGCAGGAGAUAUAGGUUCAGAAUGAUUAACGCCUUUGCUUCAGUUUGUCCCGCCCAAGUCACCAUCGCGGGACAUAAUCUUACCGUAAUCGCAACUGACGGUGAGCCGGUACAGCCUGUGCAAGUUAAUACAAUUAUCUCGUUCUCUGGUGAACGUUACGAUUUUGUCAUCGAAGCUAAUAAUAUCCCUGGUGCGUACUGGAUUCAAGUUCGUGGACUUGGAGAGUGCGGAAUUAAACGAACUCAGCAAUUAGGUAUACUUCGAUAUGCUAGAGGACCGUACCAACCAUCAUCCGCCCCACCAACCUACGACGUGGGAAUACCACAAGGAGUCGUAAUGAACCCCUUGGAUGCGAGGUGUAAUAUUCGCAGAAACGAUGCUAUUUGCGUCAGCCAACUGAAAAAUGCACGAAACAUUGAUCCCGCGAUUUUACAAGAGAGACCUGACGUCAAGAUCUUCUUGCCAUUCCGUUUCUUUGCAUACAGGCCAGAAAUGUUGUUCCAACCUAAUACAUACAACAGAUAUUUAGUUGCACCACAAGGAGAUCACGUGAUAAGUUUGAUUGAUGAAAUCUCAUACAUGGCGCCUCCUGCUCCUCUUAUCAGUCAAUAUGAUGAUAUUAACCCAGAUCAGUUUUGUAACGGUGACAACAGACCAGCCGACUGUGGACAAAAUUGUAUGUGUACACACAAAGUGGAUAUCCCCCUUAAUGCUGUUGUAGAAGUUGUAAUGGUAGAUGAAGUACAAAUCGCUAACUUAUCUCAUCCGUUCCACUUACACGGAUACGCAUACAAUGUUAUUGGUAUCGGACGGUCACCAGACCAGAACGUUAAGAAAAUUAACUUGAAACACGCUCUCGAUCUUGAUAGAAGAGGAUUGCUGGAGCGUCAUUUGAAACAGGGUGACCUCCCUCCAGCGAAGGAUACUAUUGCUGUCCCCAACAAUGGCUAUGUGAUUGUUCGUUUUAGAGCUAACAAUCCUGGAUUCUGGCUUCUUCAUUGCCACUUCUUAUUUCAUAUCGUAAUCGGAAUGAACGUAGUACUUCAAGUAGGCACUCACGCAGACCUUCCUCCAAUCCCUCCCAACUUCCCAACUUGCGGAGACCAUCUUCCUCCUAUCAACUAAAGCGGUUCCUAGAAACAUCUUACAGUUUUCAUACCGUAUUGUGCGCAAGAAUUGGUAAUUCAGUUGAUUUUUUAUGUUAACUAAGUGUAAUUUUAUGUUUGUUUUGUGUGAUGUGUUCGGUAGAAUCGAAGUGCUCGACUCUGCCUUUUGUGUUUAUUUUAUAUUAGAAUGUUUCUACUGGAGUUCGUGCUAUCUUGUGAUUUUAUUUAAAGGUGAUAAUUGCUGAGUGAAUUUCAAUUGAAUCUUGUCUUAUUUUGGUGAUACGUUGUUACGGUCGAUAUAUCACUUUUAAUAUCGCUUAGUUGAGGCUCUUUAUUGUACAUUUUAUGUACGACUUUUAUAUUUUAUGAACAUACUUGUUAUGUAACUAACGACUUGCCAUUUCAUUUUUCACCAAGGAUAUUUAUUGCGUGUAUAUAUUAAAUCUUAUUGUCGCCUACGAAUAAGUCGCCCAAAAUAUUCUUGUUUACAACCUAUGUAGUAUUUGUAUAAUAAUAACGUCAUUAAUUAAAAUGUUAUCUUAAUUUGAACAUACCAUAAUUAUGCGGGGUGGCUAAAUUUGUGGGCGAUCAUUUAAAAUAUAAUUAGAUAUUUAAGUUACUAUUUCAGUUACUAACCCAGAAUUGCAUGAAACAAAAAAAAUGAAAAACAUGUAAAUAUUUAGUAAAAAUUGCAAUAUUUGUACAUACACAAUAAAAAUGUACCGUUUGGUUUUUAAACAGAUGCACAGCACCCACUGAAGACUGUUUAUAACCAUUUAUAUAAAUAAGUAAACAAAAUGUUACCACACGCAGUUACCAAUAUUUAUGUAAGACGAAGUACUCGUUCAAAUUGAUUUUCAAAAAUAUUUUUCAUACAAAAAAAAAAACAAUAUUCAUUUGAUAAAACCUCUAUUAUACAUAUUUCGUUGAAUAUGAAGAAGAAAAGUCAUCAUCAACAGAUUACCAGCAAAUUAUUUUUAUAUUUACUUUUUUAGAAAAUUGUAAAUUUUUAUACCACUUAAUAAAAUAUAUAAACUA